UGCUAUUCUUGUAUUCAUCCAUCCAUUGCUGAAGGGCUUUGUGUGUCUUCAUCUUUAGGUUAAUCCAAACAGCAUCGCCGCCAAGAACGGACGCAUCAGAGAGGGCGACCGAAUCCUACAGAUCAACGGCGUGGACAUCCAGAACAGAAAGGAGGCGGUGGCCGUUUUGACCCGAGAGGACAGCAUCAACUUCUCCCUGCUGCUGGCCCGGCCCGACAUAGAGCACAACGACCCUGCUGGUCCAGAAGAGGACAUGGAGCUGACUCUGGAAGUAGAAGGCUUCCUCGCAGACCCUCAAGCCUCCGCCGCUUACCGCCUCUGUCGGGAGGGGGGAGGCGGAGGAGGCCUGGGCUGCCAGGAGGAAACAGGCGGUGGACUGGACGGGGACGAGGACGGAGAGAGAGAAGAGAAGGAGGAUGGAGACCCCCCGGUGCCCCUCCCGCCUCCACUUAGCCUGGCUCCUCUGCUGUCCAACAGCCAGGAGCUGGACAGCGGGGUGGGCCGGACCGACGACAGCACCCGCUACGAGGAGUCGUCGGAACACGACCUGCUGGGGGAUCAGACCAGCGCCUGCAACACCAACACCACCAACACCCCCGGCAGUGCCAGGAAGUUCAGACCGGGACCCAGCCCCAGGCCGAGUCCUAGACCAAGCCCCGGCCUGAGCCCCGGCCGAGGAGACACCACCCCUCCUUUCCUCCACCUGCGAGACUUUCAGCUCAGCUCAGACUCCCUCCCUGGCCUGGACUGGGCAGCCGGCCCCCACCAUCACCCCAAGCACCACCACCAUCAGCCCCCUCUGAGCAUGAUGAUGCCGGGCCUGACGGAGGAGGAGUGCCAGCGAUACCAGGAGUUGCUGGAGGUCAAGUGCCAGUUCGAGAAACGCAACGAAAAACUGCUUGAGGGGAGAGACCCCGGGGAGCAAACGGAGGGGGAGGAUUCUUCUUCAUUGGUGGACGUGAACUUCAGCGCCGCUCUGAGCGAGCACGAGAUGGCGCUGAUCGAGGAGGAGCUACGCCACCUGGAGUUCAAGUGCCGCAACAUCCUGCGAGCGCAGAAGAUGCAGCAGUUAAGAGAGAGAUGCCUCAAAGCCUGGAUGAUGGAGGAGGUGACGGCCGGGCGACCACGCCCGCCUGAAGCAGGUUUGGACGUCAACGAGGACAUGGACGACGAUGACCCUCAUCGCCACGAGUUAUCGGCCAUCAACGAGCUCCCAGAGAGAUCGGACGACAAAGACAGCACCAGCGCCUACAACACCGGCGGGGAGAGCUGCCGCAGCACGCCGCUGGUCAGCACCGAGCAGAUCCCGCCUCUCCAGGAAGAGGAGGACCACGUCGGCGGGCGGCUGAUGUCCCCACCUCCUCUUCUCCCCCUUGUUUGCCUCCCUCCUCUGAACUCCCCCCUCACCCCGCGGCGUCGCGGGUGGGACAGAGAGAGGCGCCACUCCAACCUCAGUGGCUCCUUCUCACCAGGCACUUACAGGAAGUACGAGACGGCCAAUGGAAACGUGGCGCAAGGCUCAAGCUCCACCCCCUGCACCCCCUCCAAAUUCAGGUCUCUGACCAGAGAGGCGGGAUCAUCCAGAGGAGGUGUGGCUGACGGGGGGCUGUGCUCCAGAGCAGGUGGCGCCGCCGACAGGCCCGGAGGUGGAAGUGCAGAGUCCAGUCCGUAUUUCAGCAGAAGACGCCAGAGUCACAACAAACCGUUGGGCCGCUACCAGAGCUGCAUGACGCUGCCCUCCGAAGGCCUGGUUGACCCGCUGGACCGAAUCCGGGACAGGGCGAGUGCCGAGGGCGAGGAGAGGGGCAAGGGCACGGGCAGCAGCUGCCCCGCCAGCCCCAGGAGUGUGAACAGCGCCCCCUGUGGUCUGGAGGGCCACCACUCUGGCGCCUCUCGGUUAGGACUGGCUCUACCGCUCGGGCACUCAUCGCCGUCGGCCUCACCGCAGCGCAUGGAGUGGAAGGUGAAGGUCCGGAGCGACGGCACUCGCUACGUGGCCAAGCGGCCGGUCAGGGAUCGACUCCUGAAGGCCAGAGCCAUGAAGAUCAGAGAGGAACGCAGCGGCAUGACGACCGACGACGACGCGGCCAGUGAGAUGAAGCAGGGCCGAUACUGGAGCAAGGAGGAGAGGAAGCAGCAGCUGCUGAGAGCCAGAGAAUACCGACGAAGAAGAGAGUUCAUGAUGCAAAGUCGCCUGGACUACCUCAAAGGAGGCAGGGACACUUCCUCACCAGCAGGAGGCGCCGAAGUCAAGCUUCCCCCACGACAGGAAAACCACGUCCUGCUUCUGAGCCAGAAGAAGACCACGAAGAAGAGGAACCGCCGCAUCCUCGACAACUGGAUGACCAUCCAGGAGCUGCUGGCCCACGGCUCCAGGUCGCCGGACGGGAAGAAGAUCUACAACCCUCUGCUCUCCGUGACCACGGUGUGACCAGGAGGAGGAGGAGCAAACCGGGACAUGACCAUCAGAAACAGGACUUAGGACUGGACACCGGGAGGAUGAGGAGACGAGAUUUAAGACGCGAAGCGCUUUGACCGUGACGAAGGUAGGAAGGAGGAAGGGGAAGAUACAAGGAAAGGAAACAGGAGAGAAUGGAGCGUGAGGAGUCCGGAGAGGAACGCUGUGAUGUCACAGAAGACUCUGACUCGGAUCACCGGACCAACAAUGUGAAGUCCUGAAGAUCUGGGAUCAAAUAUUUUUGAAAUUGGGCGUUCUCUAUCCAGGUGAUGCAGUCCCAUCACACGUGGUGAAGACACGUUUAAGGUUUCGGGGUUACGGUUCAUCUCCGCCCCCCCGCAGGUUCAGUCCCACAUCGACCAGAGUGUGUUCAGAGUGCACCGUCUCCCCAUGGACGUGAGGGACAACGAGCUUGAGAGGAGAACUUUCACGUAGAAAGGAACAUUCCAGAUGAUCCAAAUCAAAGUGUCUUUCUUCUCGGAGGACACUGAAUGUACAUACAUGUUACCCUUUUGCAGAAACGAGUAUUAUUGAUCCACCUGAUGGACCACGGCUGCACGAUGUUUGUUUGUCUUCUGCAGCAACAUUCUGCACACGAAACAAAAGGGAAACUAAUCGAGUGUUUUCCAUUGAAUGUAGUCGAGCCACAACGAACAACAAUGAACACAACGUUUCACGCCUCUCGAGCUUUGCAGCCUGAAUGUGAUGUCGUGUCACUUGCUGUGUGAGCAGCGACUUAUCACAGGACUCCAGCAACAGAAGCUCUUUAAAAUCUUCACUUGAUUUAAUAUUUUGCUGCCAAAUCAAAUAGUUUUUUGCAGGAUAUUCUAUCUUUGUUUUUCCGUAUAUAAAACUUUUAGUACAUUCUCUUUUCAAGGCUUGUGCAAAAACAAACAAAGUAUGAAUAUGAGAUAUGAGUUUACAGAUAAUUGCAUCCUCCUCCUCCUGCAGUCUGUGACUUUCACUCUUUUUGUCUGUUGGCCGUCUGCCGUUGAGCUGAUAACACGCUGCUGUGACACGCAGGAAUAUUAACAAUCCACACGCGUGACUCCACUCAUAUCUUUAGCCAUGUGAUUCUGAUUAAAAAGAGUAGUACAGAGAGCAUAAAGGUCACCAUAGACCAGUGCAUUCAACCAUAAAAUAAAAUGAAUAUUAUAAUAUUGUUGUGUUCAGUGCUCAACACUAUGUGCAUUUAAGAAAAAUAUAUUCACUUUUAUAUCGCAGGUCUCAUUGAUCUGUGACUUCAUCUACAGGUGCAUUAUUUGUAAGUCACUUUCCCAGAAUGCCUUUUGAGACUCCUUGUGGGGAUGAACUUACAUUAAUUAAAACUACUCGCCCAUGUGAGAACAUGAUGUAGUCAGAUGAUAUAUAUAUGUACUGUAUAUGUCAAAUGAUAUAUGUGAAAGUCAAAUAGUUCAUAUUAAGUUACUCAACGUGUUGCUCAAGGAGCUUUUGGCAGCAGGGGGGCUCACAGGGUGCUUGGGGCUUCACAGCUUGGUUGUGUCCAUCAUUGGGUGUAAAAUAAAAUAUUAAUACUGAGUAACAGCAUGCAUGGUUUAAGUAUUGAACAUUUUGGAUUAUUGAACAGCUUUCCUGAAGCUAAAGUGUAGUGAAGACAUUUUUUGUAUUGAAAGUGAAAACCUGCAGAAUGAAUUAAAACAAAGUCGAGUGAGA